CUCCCUGGCAGCUCAUGUUUUGGCGGCUUCACUGUUACCAGCCGUACGAGGGAGUACAGAGGACGAGCAGCCAAUCAGGAACGGGCGCGUGCACGGACCCACUUCCUGGGCAGCGGCGGGGACGCGCGCGUCAUGUACUACACCGGAUUGAAAGUAAAUGGCGCGGUUUAGCACAGUGCGAUAACCAGACAGGAGCACUGGUGGUCAUGGCUGCUCUACGGCCAUAUGAGAAAAUGCCUGCUGUCAACGCUGGCGCCGUUCUGUUAAUUGGCUCAGAAGAAAGUCAUCGAGAGCUGCUCGCCCAAGCAAUGCUGAGAGAACCAAAAGCUUUUGAUGUGAAGAUCCACAUGGCCCACUGUCUGCCUUUGCCUUUUGAAGGAGAUCACCUCCGUCCACGGUUUGACCUGGUUGUGUUUUUAAUAAAUCUACACAGCCAACUCAGCCUGAACAAUGUUCUGUCUUCCAUGCUGCACUUGGAUACCUAUUUUUAUCUUGGAAAAAUUUGUUUUGUGGCUACAAGAGGCAAAUCUGGAGAAGUUCAGCACUGUAUAGUAGAUAUAACCACAGUGAAGGAUCUGGCAGACAAACACUUGAGCAUCUUGAUACAGUCUGAACUUGAUAAUGAAGAUGAUGUUACUUAUACAGCACAGCGCCUAAUGAAUAUUCUGAAGAUAUGUGCUGGAUUGGUUCCUGGUAUUUCUUCACUUUAUAUGGGUUCAGUGAUGAAAAGUUUUUAACAC